CAAAAGUAAACAUAUGUGUACACACAUACAUGUAAAUAAAUUCUAAAAAUAUUUACUUUCCUAAUAACCACAAUUGCUUUAUAACAGAUACCUGCGGUACAUGUACUUACUGAUUAAACCCUGAAAAGGAGAAAAUGGUCUACAAUCCGGAGUUUCAACUAUACUGGAAUCUACAUUGUAUCCAUAUUCUGGAGAAUAAUAGGCAUCGGCAAAAUGUGUGAGCUGAAGAAAAAUGAAUUAAAAUAAUUUCUGCAUUUAAUUUUAAAUUUUAAAUUUUUUUUCUCUGAUGGUUAACACAGUGCAUGUGUUUAAUUUGAUAUAUAACUUAGUUUAAUUUUGAACUCACCUCUUCAUCAAACUGCACUCCCUCAGAAUCCUCUGCAACUGAAUUUAGUAAGUUUAAGCUUGAUGAUACAAGUGAAGAAGUUGCAGUUUCAGAAUCAAGACUAACGUUUUGUUGAGUUGUAGAUGUUGGCUUGUCUGUGGUUUUUGAUUGAAGUUUGAAUAACGUUGAUGUUUUUGUUGGGCUGUUAGAAGAUUUGGAAUUUUGAUGGAGAUCCAGAUUAUUAACAGGAGUGGCUGUUGAUUUUUGUUUUCUUGGACUUUUCCGAAGUAUACCAGUAGCUCCUCAGCAAGUUUUUGUAAGGUUUCAAAGUAGUCAGAGUUACUGCUAGGAUUAACUUCUUCAUUGAUUCUUGUCUUAAGUCCUCUGCAUUUUGAUGUACCUGUGAAAUAUUUGCAGAAUAUAAAGGAAGUGCCCCAGUAUAUUUUAAUUGAUAAAGUACUUAAAAUACUAAAAAAGAAAAAUAUUAACUCAAAACUAGCUUAAUUUUUUACAAUGAUAGAAUUAGUUGUUUAAACAAACCAAAUCAGGUGUGGUGACUCAUAAAUUCAUCAACUUAAAUUUAAGUGCCAAAGAGCGGGGGAGGGGGGCGGGGUUCCAAUUGAUUGUGUUCAGGGUAGCCCGAGGCCAUUUUUUAAUUUUUAUAUGCCAUAUUUCCAGAAUCUUUCCUCUUCACCCCAUUCCCCUCUAGAUCGUCGGGAUUUUCUAUUUCUAUUUCAUAUUUUGAAAGUGGGUCGAAAUGUGGUAGUUAUACAUCGAAUACCUUAAUUUAAUAUGACUGAAAUAAUAUGAAAAAGAAAAUAUUCCAAUCAUAGACGUGAAUCAGAGGAACAUAAAUAAUAGAUUACAUCCUGUUAAAGACGUAGUUAUAUCUUCAGAGAUUUCCGGUCGUGUGCUUCGUGAUUUAAUAUUCAGAACAGUUCAAAGACGUUUAUUCUAGAGAACUUCCUAAUAUAUAUUAUUAAUUUCGUCAAUGGCUAUGUGAACAAAAUGUACAUUUUUGGAUUUUAAAACAUAACUGGCUGUCAGUGUUCACUAUAGAGUGUAUUUUUUAGCAAGGCAAAGACAAUGUAGUUUACACGUGUUCUUAAUAUUAAGAACAAACACAGAAUGGCGGGCCUUUUAAUAAGUAAAUCUCUGGAAAAAGGAACAUUUACACUAGUACUGCUUUGUGUGAUAUCAUCUUACAAGGGAGUGACAUCUGCGGUUGUUCCCGGUGAGAGGUAUCGUGGUCCUGUUGUCCGGGUUGUUGGGAUGAUUGGACAACAGCAGUGUGUCCGGGAAUGUAGACACAGACCCAAGCUAUGUCGGGGAGUCAACUACUGGAGACAGGAACUGCUGUGUGAACUCGUGUCGGCCAUCAACAAAACGGAACCAAAACCUGACUAUGUAAGAAUUGAACUCGAUCAGAACGAUGUACCAGACGAGUGCAUGGCGUGCUCUACUGACGAUCUGUGUGUGACGCUCUCUAGUAAGAAAGUUCACUGUAUUCGAGACAAUGGCAGUCCGACGGAUUGUACAUCACUUCACAACAUCAACUGUGGCCUGCUUAAUGGACUGUACAGAGUACGUCUACCAUACCUAGGUCACGUGACAGUUUUCUGUGACAUGGACAAAGAUGGCGGUGGAUGGACAGUCUUUCAACGUCGUCAGGAUGGUUCAGAGGAUUUUUACCGAACCUGGACAGAGUACAAGAACGGAUUUGGAGAUUUGAGCUCCGAGUUUUGGUUAGGUAAUGACAAACUACACCACCUGCUGAGUCAGGGGACGUAUCAGAUGAGGAUGGACAUGGAGGACUUUGACAACCAGACACGUUACGUCAAGUACAGCAGUUUUAACGUAGGAGACGAAUCAACCAAAUACACCGUCACGUUGUCGGGCUUCUCGGGAGAUGUUGAUAACUGUUUCACGAGUACAACUUUAAAUAACCCGAUAAACAAUAUGAAGUUCUCCACAUGGGAUGACGACAAUGACCUUCAGUCAGGUUACAGCUGUGCUUCAUCGUGGAAGUCAGGGUGGUGGCACAAAGGUUGUUCCUGUUCUAACCCGAAUGGUCUCUACCUAAGAGGGGAGACUUCGUUACAAAAUCAGGGGAUCACCUAUGGACCAUGGCGAAAUUUUUGGUAUUCGCUGAAAAAGACACAGCUCAUGGUCAGAAAAGUAAAUUAGGCCAUCGAGACAACUACGUGUGGUUUGAAAGACCGUUAGUAGCCUUCUCAUGUUUCUGCCUAUUUAUUUAUAGAUAGAAUGGACAGAUUUACCCUUUGUGUAUCACAAACGUGAACAGAUAAUGACUAACAAUUUCU